GUGGUCGGUAGGUGAACAACAAGUGCGCAUAUCGACACUCUGUAAAGUCUACUUCCGAUCCGACAGAUCCGGGCGAUCGGAAAGACCCCUACAUGCUUCGUCCAUUUCCUCAGCUUUAUAUCACCAGAAACAAGGUCAAAGGUGGAGAUUUACCUGCGGUUGAUGAAUCCCAUUUGGUGUUACUUGUUGAGUCGGCAAGGGCACAAUGAGGGGAAGGAACAUAGCCGCUUCCGACCCGCCUCCACAUAUCAUGAAGUAAACGCAACGCCUUCCCCGCCAUAUCCUCCUUGAACUAUAACUGCAAGCCCUUGACCACUAUUGUUGUGGUAUUCUCAAUGCUCCGGAAGCUCUAGUGGUACCCUAGAAGUCUAUUACCUGAAGAAUCACGCAACUAUGCUCGGGAAAAUCGCCCUCGAGGAAGCCUUUGCGCUCCCACGCUUCGAAGAGAAGACCCGCUGGUGGGCCAGUCUAUUCUCCACCGACCCCGAAACCCAUGUCAAGGAGAUCACCGAUAUCAACAAGAUCCGCAUCGAACACGCAGAUAAGCACGGAGUUGGCUACCAGAUUCUCUCAUAUACGGCUCCUGGUGUCCAAGACAUCUGGGACGCGGCCGAGGCGCAAGCUCUCGCCGUGGAGAUCAACGACUAUAUCGCCGAGCAGAUCCGUGACCGACCUGAUCGACUCGGUGCAUUCGCCACACUUUCGAUGCAUGACCCUCAAGGAGCCGCCACCGAGCUCCGUCGCUGUGUCGAGAAAUACGGCUUCAAGGGCGCCUUGGUGAAUGAUACCCAGCGCGCCGGCCCGGAUGGCGACGACAUGAUCUUCUACGACCAGCCUAGCUGGGACAUCUUCUGGCAAACCUGCACCGAGCUCGAUGUACCCCUGUAUCUGCACCCCCGCAACCCCACAGGGACCAUCUAUGAGAAACUCUGGGCAGACCGCAAGUGGCUUGUGGGUCCCCCACUCAGCUUUGCGCACGGCGUCAGUCUUCAUGUGCUGGGGAUGGUCACGAACGGAGUCUUUGACCGUCACCCGGCCCUGCAGGUUAUCAUGGGCCACCUGGGCGAGCACGUUCCCUUCGACAUGUGGCGCAUCAACCACUGGUUCGAGGAUCGAAAGAAGCUCUUGGGGUUGGCUGAGACUUGCAAGAAGACCAUCCGCGAGUAUUUUGCGCAGAACAUCUGGAUCACCACCUCGGGACACUUCUCGACCACGACGUUGAACUUUUGUAUGGCGGAGGUGGGUGCGGACCGUAUCUUGUUCUCGAUCGAUUAUCCGUUUGAGACAUUCGAGGACGCGUGUGUGUGGUUUGAUAACGCAGAGUUGAAUCUGGUAAACCGGGUAAAGAUUGGAAGAGAGAAUGCGAAGAAGCUGUUCAAAUUAGGGGCUUAUAAGGAUUCAUCGGCUUAGGAUGUACAGUACUCAGUAUGUUUUCAAGUUCAAAGUCACAAAUUGUAAAUGUCAUAUCUAAUGUUUGGGCGUAGUAGCAGCGGCUCAAACGAGAUCUCCU